CUGAACUUCUGACGAACCACUCGGCCGCGGAGGACGCGUCUCAAUCGGGUGCUUUCUACCGUAUAUUUUUGAAAGUGUUGCCGACUUUGACUGUGCAUUGUAUUAUCCUAAAUUAGUUCGUUUUCAUAUAUUUUUACGAUUUUCAUUAAAGACGUGAUUUGGCAGUAUCGACCUUUUCCAUUAUUGGGAGGCGUGGUGCCAUAAGUUAGAAUUACACGGUGCGUGUCCGCGGUUGAGCUCGUCUCGAUUGCUCGUCAUCCUGCACCCCUCGACAACUCAAGCUCUCAUGACGCGCGUUAUUGCGACGUGACGACGUCGUAGAUGCAGGCGCCCAAAGACCGGUCGAGCAACGUCAUUCUCGCAGGCAUCAUUCGUUCGCCCGCCAUUUUAAUAUAAUUUUCAUUUGAGACGUGAUCUGGCUGUAUCGUCCUACCUAUUAUUUGGAGGCGGGUGCCAUUAACUAAAUAAGAAGAAGAAGAAGGUUUCUCUCUGGCGUGACUGAACUUUGCUAAGGAUUGUCGAGAAAAAAAAAAUGUUAGGACGUAAAAAGAAGAACAAAAACAAAUUGUUAGGAAAGAGACCUCGACAUGUUCUUGAUAAAGAGCAAAAAUAUUAUCGGGAGAGAGACAACGAAGAAUCCGAUAAAGAAGACAAGGCAGAAGUCAGUGAACACUCGAUCCAUUUCCCUGUGGCUAUGUGGGACAUGGAGCACUGCGAUCCCAAGAAAUGUUCUGGAAGAAAGCUCGCGAGACACGGCUUGAUAAAGAUCCUACGACUGGGUGCACGAUUCUCAGGCUUGUGUCUUACUCCAGUGGGUAAUAAGUGUGUAAAUCCAACGGAUUAUGAUAUUAUACGGGAGUACGGUUGCGCAGUCGUGGAUUGCAGCUGGGCGCGGUUGAACGACACUCCUUUCAACAGAAUGAAGACGCCUCAUCCUCGCUUACUACCAUUCUUAGUCGCUGCCAAUCCGAUAAAUUAUGGAAAGCCUUGUCAGCUGAGCUGCGUAGAGGCUAUAGCAGCUACUCUGAUUAUAACGGGAUUUCCAAAAGAGGCCGAGCUUUAUCUUGGAAAAUUCUCAUGGGGACAUUCGUUCUUAGAGCUGAACAGCGAGCUGUUGGAAAAGUAUACUCUUUGCACAAACAGCGAAGAAAUAAUUAUGACACAAGAAAUGUACCUAAAGAAAGCCUGGCAGGAGAAAUUAGAUAGGCUUGCGCUUCCUGAUUUUCCGGAAGACAAUACGGAAUCCGAAGAAGAGAAAGAAGAGAAGAAUGAAAAGAAAGCGAUAUCAAAAGUAACUGAGCACUUAGGCAAUAUAAAAGUAUAGUAAUUAAAACUAGUUACCUUUUUAA